UGGACUGGUAGCUGGACCUAAGCAGGCUGUGUUUUGCUCCUCUCAGUUUUAUCUGAGCUGGUAUUCAACUUUUCCGCUGAUUGGAUCUUCCUCCCAUCAUCCUCGUUGGCAUCAGCACCAUGGUAAUCAGCUUCGCUCUGAUCUGGGCUGUGGUGGUGGGAUUGUGCUGCGUCCUCUGGCUCGCAGUGGGAAUCAGGCGCAGGCAACCUGGUGAGCCUGUCAUUGAAAACGGCUUCAUCCCCUACUUGGGUUGCGCUCUGCAGUUCGGCGCCAACCCUCUGCAGUUCCUCCGCAGCCGCCAGAAGAAAUACGGACACAUUUUCACCUGCAAGAUCGCCGGCCAGUACAUCCACUUCCUGUGCGACCCUUUCUCCUACUAUUCAGUCAUCCGUCAGGGGCGGCACUUCGACUGGAGGAAGUUCCACUUUGCUACCUCUGUUAAGGCUUUUGGACAUGACAGCUUCGACCCUCGCCACGGUCACACCACGGAGAACCUCCACCAAACCUUUCUGAAGACCCUGCAGGGAGAAGCUCUGCCCUCCCUGAUCGAGACCAUGAUGGGCCACCUCCAGGACGUCAUGCUCAAGUCUGGCACGCUCAACCCCAGAAAGGACCACUGGGAGGUGGAUGGCAUCUAUGCUUUCUGCUACAAGGUGAUGUUUGAAGCUGGAUACCUGACUCUGUUUGGUAAAGAGUUUGGUGAUGAUAAGUGCCAGGCUCGGCAGGCUGCUCAGAAAGCCUUGGUGCUCAACGCUUUGGAGAACUUCAAGGAGUUUGACAAGAUCUUCCCGGCACUUGUGGCUGGCUUGCCUAUCCAUGUCUUCAUGAGCGCCUACAGUGCCAGAGAGAACCUGGCAAAGACCAUGCAUGCUGAAAAACUGUCCAGAAGAGAGAAUGUGUCUGAUCUCAUAUCCAUGAGGAUUAUCCUGAACGAUUCCUUGUCUACCUUCAAUGACCUGAGCAAAUCCAGGACCCACGUGGCUCUGCUCUGGGCCUCACAGGCUAACACCCUGCCUGCUACCUUCUGGAGUCUCUUUUAUAUGAUCAGGAGUCCAGAUGCUCUGAAAGCAGCACAUGAGGAGGUGCACAAAGUCCUGACGGAGGCAGAAAUGAGUAUUGACCCCAGUGACCCCCAACUGAGCCUGAGCCGAGAGCAGCUGGACAACAUGCCUGUUUUAGAUAGCAUCAUCAAAGAAGCCAUGCGGCUUUCCAGUGCGUCCAUGAACGUGCGCGUCGCCAAGGAAGACUUCCUACUUCAACUGGACAACAAGGAAGCUUACCGCAUAAGGAAAGACGACGUCAUAGCCCUGUAUCCACCCAUGCUGCACUACGAUCCUGAAAUCUACGAGGAUCCUUAUGAGUACAAAUUCGACCGCUUCCUGGAUGAGAAGGGUCAGAUGAAAACCGUAUUUUACCACGGCGGCCGGCGGUUGCGUUACUCCUACAUGCCUUUCGGCUCGGGGGUCACCAAGUGUCCCGGAAGAUUCUUCGCCGUCUACGAAAUCAAGCAGUUCCUGAGUCUGGUGCUGGCCUAUUUCGACAUGGAACUGCUAGACCCCGCUGUCAAGGUCCCGCCUCUUGACCAGUCCCGUGCCGGUCUGGGAAUCCUCCAGCCGACUUACGAUGUGGACUUCAGGUACAAGCUGAAAUCGCUGUAGUAGGCACUCUCUGAGCGACUGAACCUAAUCGUGUAAAUAGUGUACUGUAUAUUUCAGCAUGCAGGUGGUGACGAUGCAGACGCCACACUGCAUAUGUACAUAGACUGAAUUCUGUAUUUUAUCUGCUUUAAUUCGCUGCGUGAAGAACACACAUUGUACAUAUGAAUAGAGUCCUCACAGAUUGUUGAAAACUUUAUCAAACUGUGUAAAGAGAUAACAGGGGUUUUUCUUUAGAAAGAAGGAUCGCUGUGAUUCUAAUGCCGAACCAGUUCUGAGCACAGAUAGAAAAACCCAGGAUUGGAGCAUAUUUUGUUUUCUCUUGAUGACCUGGAGACGUGACGUUUCUCCUCUGCAGCAGAGUUCAAUGGAGUCAUAUGAGCCACGCCAAGAUGCACUCGACCUGUUUCUUUUCACACGUGGUUUCCCAAUACGUGACAAUGAGAUCGUGAUCUGUUUCACAAUCUCAAUCUGGGAAAA